ACUGAACAUUGUCUUCAGAGAGCCAGUCCUGCUGGUGAACCAGGCAGAGCUUACCGGAGCCCAAUCCAUCAAACCAUCAUGUCGGGGAAGAAGAGCCAAGAAAAGUCUUGCAGCGACAACAACCAGAUAGAAGAUCCUUCUUCUAGGCCUGAGGUACAGGUUCCUGUGAAUUAUGUGUACCGUAUACUGCAGGAGGAGCAAUAUACCCCCUGCAUAGGGUCCACAACUUCAGAUUUCCUCCUUGCCAUGCUUGAUUACCUCACCGACUACAUCCUGGAGGUGGUGGGCUCCGAAGCCAACAUCAACAACCAGCAAAAUAUCUCACAAGAUAGAGAGAGACAGAGAGACAACGACCGCGAACCCUCUCGAGCCUUCAAGAAUGCGCCUUUCUCUCUGUUUGACGAGAUGCCUGGACCCAGAAGGAAUGGCUAAAGAAUGGGGUACACAAUCCAAGGGUCGGAAGCCUCACAGACUCAGCUAGAACCAUGAAGGCUAAUAGCAGAGGAGGCUCCCCUGGUGUCCAUGAAUACUAAUAAAAUGUUUAAAUGAAAGCUAA